ACUCAAGAGCCCUUAAGUCAAACGUGCCAUGCGAGUUUGCUCUGUGUCUGAGCCCCUUCCUCCUGCUGGACACCUUGAGGUGUGAGACCCUCUUUCUACGUGCACCCCCACCCCCCUCUUCCUCACCGCGCCACCAUUAUGGAGGAUUUUUUGAAGAGAGCGGAGCACGCGAGCGUGGACUCAAGAGGUCGAAGACAUCUUUAGGAAACUUGUUUGGUUCAGAUCCAAACGGCUCUCGUUGCGCGGCCGAGCCAUCCUAUGGCGCACGAUGCGGACAAAAGCGGAAACGUUUCCUAAGUGGCAUUGAGGACGAACCAAAGUGUGAAUUCAGGAUUUGAUGCUGCAGCCAGCCGCUCGAACUGGAUCCGAAGCAGCAGAUGCGCACGUGUGUUUCAUUCCAAGUGCCAACAAGUCAUUGUUUAUUGAGGGAGAAGUCCGCCAGAUCUGCAUUUUAACCCUUUACCCAAAGUAAACGUUGGACUUUUGGGGGACUGCGUCGAUCCGUUUCCCCUCACUUUUUGCAUUUCUGAUUCCCGAAGUGGCUCCGAAGUGGUGUUGCGGCUCCUCGUCCCCGGCAGAUCCGGAGAUCGGAGCCUCUGCACCGGGCGGAGGCGGAGCCGCUGCGACCUCUGAGGCUCCAAAGGGCGGCCGCGUCAGGAGGAUGUUGCGGCUGGCUGCAGAGCUCUUGCUGCUCCUGGGACUUCUCCUCCUCACCUUGCACAUCACUGUGCUCCAGAGCAGCCCGUUGCCGCCGGCCAACGUCAGCCUGAGCCUGGAUCAGAGCGAGAACAUCAUCCACGCAAAAAGCAGCUCACUGGGCCAACUGACUCCUGAAGGCUCCUGGCGGUCUGGCGCGGAGCGUCGCUUUACCCAUCGGUCCUCCGCCCUGCCGUGGGCGCCAGGCACUGGCAGUGACGUCCACAAAGAUGGCCCUGGGGCUUUUAUCCUGGAUCUGCAGAAUUUCCCUGACCUCUCCAAUGCUGAUAUCAAUGGACAGAAUCCCAACAUACAGGUGACAAUUGAGGUUGUGGAUGGAUUGGAAGCACACGAGCCAGAAAAAGGCCACCGCAAGGAGAAUAAACCCAACUGGGCUUCUCCUAACUGGAGAAACUGGUGGCCUCGCACCUCCUCCACCACUCAAGCGGAGGAGCAUGAUAGCGGAAGCGAGGACAGUAACUUCCUGAGGCCACCGGUGGACUGGAACCGGAGAGGAGGUGCAGGAGACAGAGGCAAACCCCAAACGGAAUAUGACUACAUGGAUGGGGAGGGGGACUGGAGUAACUGGUCACUGUGCAGUGUCACCUGUGGAAAUGGCAACCAGAAGAGAACCAGGUCUUGUGGUUACGCCUGUACUGCCACUGAGUCCAGAACAUGUGAUAUGCCAAACUGUCCAGGUAUUGAAGAUGCCUUCAAGACAGCAGCGACUGAAGUGAGCCUGCUUGCAGGAACAGAUGAUUUCAAUGCCACUGAGCUCUUUGGUGUUGAUACAGACAGCUGCGAGCGAUGGAUGAACUGCAAGAGUGACUUCUUGAAGAAAUACAUGACUAAGGUGGCCAAUGACCUUCCCAGCUGCCCUUGUUCAUACCCAACCGACGUAGCGUAUAGCACUGCCAAUGUGCACGACGCUCCUUCGCGCAGAUAUUACCGCUGGAAAGAUGCCAGCGGACCAAAAGAGAAACUGGACAUCUAUAAGCCCACGGCCCGCUACUGCAUUCGCUCCAUGCUGACACUGGAGUCCACCACACUGGCUGCACAGCACUGCUGUUACGAUGACAACAUGAAACUCAUCACACGAGGCAAAGGCGCCGGAACACCCAAUCUUAUAAGUACGGAGUUCUCGGCUGACCUACACUACAAAGUGGACAUCUUGCCCUGGAUCAUAUGCAAAGGAGACUGGAGUCGCUAUAAUGAGGCAAGACCACCAAACAACGGGCAAAAGUGUCGCGACAACCCUCAGGAAGAGGAUUACUACAAGCAGUUUGAAGAAGCAAGAGAAUUCUAGCCUUGAAUUCGGAGCGAGAUCCAUCAUGGUGACGCCAACAAUUUGUUUUCACAAGUUGAGGUUGCGAGGCAUAACACGUAACUAGUGCUCUGAAGCAAGAAGACCUACAACAGAUGAGACCAUUUUCAUUUGAUGCCAUGAUUUGUUCACUCAAUCAGGUGCCAUCUUAACAACUUUACAAAUAUACCUGUGAGGUAGGAUUCUUUCAGUGUCAGUGCCAUUCUUCAAUCAAGGGACUUUAAAGGGAAAAAUAAAAAGUAGCUUAGAUAUGUAAACUGUUUCAAGGUUUGCCUCGAAAAAGUAGGUGCGGUCAACAUCUGUGAUUGUAGAAUAAGGGAAUCCUUCAAGAAUACAGUUUGUUGAUUCGAAAGGGAGGAUGCGGGAACAGAUUUAUGCUAUUUUAGUCACUAGCAAUAUCCGGGUUCUCAUCUCAUGUAAGCUUGUGAAUAUGUUUAUUAAGUAUGCACAUUGCAACCGUAAUUUGUGACUGUACCCGCUGUCUCUCUGAGGAAGACGCCCAUUGUAAAAAGUAUGCAUUGUCACUGUAAAGUAUUUAUUUUAGAAGUAUAUUUCUGAAUUGGUCAUCUAUGACUUGUCUCUCAUUCUUGCAACCAAGGUUCCGGCUCGAAUUCUGAAAUAAACCAUAAUAGGAGUCAAGAAUGUGUGUGAGUGCAAUAUUAUGAAAACAAUAAUUUGCAGAUUAUAAAUGUUGAAAUAAAACGAUAAAAUGUUGA